AUGGAUAGUAUUGGUUUCUGGAAUACCAGGGGCCUAAACAGAACAACCAAACAGAAGGAAGUCAACUUAUUCCUUCAAAGGCAGCAGGUUGGAUUGUUUGGGCUCUUGGAAACAAAGAUUAAGAGAGCUAAGGCUAACAAAGCUGCUCUUAAUCUUUGCACAGGAUGGUCCUACAUUACAAAUCACUCAAAGCACAAUCCAGGGAGGGUAUGGAUAUUGUGGGGGCCUCAGAUAUUCACUAUGCAGGUGGAAAUGGUAACAGAACAACUAAUUCAUAGUGUAAUAAAUCAUAGCAGCACAGGGAAGAAGAUGAAUGUAACAAUGGUGUAUGGAUUUAAUGAUCAAGCACUAAGGGCUGAGUUAUGGAGAGAUAUAAGAAGGAUAGCUAAUCAAGAAGGUCAGGACAGAGUACUUAGCAGAAUAGACAGGGUAUUCACCAACAAUGACUGGGUGAAUAAACUGCCAGCUUCUGAAGUGCACUAUAUGCCAGCAGGAGUGUAUGAUCAUAGUCCUGCAAUUAUCCAGUGGGAAGGGACAGGUGCACCUAAAAUGAGGAUAUUCAGAUAUUAUAACAUAUGGAGUAUGGACAAAUCCUUCAUGAUCAGAGUGGAGGGGACUUGGAGACAACAAAUACAAGGGACAAAAAUGUUUAAAGUGGUUGGAAAGUUGAACACACUCAAUAAAGUGUUGAUCAAGUUAAACAAGGAUAGAUUUGCUGAGGUAGAGAAACAAGAAGAUGAAAGCAUGAAGAAAUUGAUUGAAUGUCAAGAGAAAAUACAAAAGGAGACCAGGAAUGAAAGAUUAGGCAAAGAGGAGAAGGAACUGACCAAGAAGUACAUAUACUGGAAAGAGGCAAAAUCAAAAUACAUGCAGCAAAGGAGCAAGGUGCAAUGGCUUAAAUAUGGAGACAUGAAUACAAGUUAUUUUCACUCGGUGAUCAAGGCAAAGAGAACAGCAACCAGAAUUUUCACCAUCCAAAACAUACAUGGGGAAACAGUUCAAACAACAGAUGCAGUAGUUGAUGCUUUUAAGGAAUUCUACAUGAAUCUUCUUGGCACUGAUAAACAGGAUAGAGACCAUGUGGUAAGCAGCAUAGUGCAAGAAGGACCAAUUGUUUCAGAAGAACAAAGGAGUCAGCUGAUUAAAGGAUUUUCAUAG